CUAAAGCCACAGGGAAAAUGGUGGAAAAUUCACCGCUGCUAUUGCCAGAAAGAGCAAUUUAUGGCCUUGCUCUUUUCUUAAGCUCUCAGUUUGGUUUCAUACUAUACCUUGUGUGGGCUUUUAUUCUUGAAUCAUGGCUAAACUCCUUAGGCUUAACCUAUUGGCCUCAAAAAUACUGGGAAGUUGCACUGCCUGUGUACCUCCUCAUUACUGUAGUGAUGCUCUUCUUUGGGAUAAACAUGAUGAGUACCUCUUCACACAACUCCAUUCAUACAAUCACAGAUAACUAUGCCAAAAAUCAACAGCAGAAUAAAUACCAAGAAGACACCAUCCCAGCAUUGAGAUAUUCCUAUUAGUGAAGUAAACUAAAUGUUUUUUCUUGCAGCCAAAGA